AUGGCUGGAGGAACCUCCGCGGAUUGCUCUGGUCGCGAAACCUCCGCUGGAUCAUUCUCCAGUAGAACCGACGGGAAAACCGCGGCGGACGGCCGGAAAGGUCCUCGUGCGUUCGCAGAUCUCAUCGACGGCGUUCACGGGCUCCACGUUUUGCGGAUCAACAGCCGAUUGGCUGCUCAUCCUUCCGUUGCCACCACUGCCGCUACGGCUUCCCCGCCGGACCACUCCCGUCCGUCGCCCGACCCUCCCGCGACCUCGUCCAUUCCCGUGCCCAGACCUGCCACGUCAGCGGCUUCUGCGGCUUCGUGGAACUCGCAGGAGAAUUCGUCUGCUGGGCACGCGUUUGGGCAGCAUUAUUUGUCGCUAGUGGAGAGUGACAAGGCUCGGCACAGGUCACGGAUGUUGAUGGUUCAGGGGCAGGAGGGCGGAAUAGAGGGAGAAGGGGGGAGUGAAUUGAGUGGAGGAGACGGAGGCGGUGGUGCCGGUAACUACCGUGGGAGGAAACUGGGCAUAACGGCUACAGCAGGGCUGCUGGGGGCCACAUACCCUAACGGCAUAUACUACGUGCAGCUGGGCAUCGGCACUCCGCCACAGACGUUCAAUCUGGACAUAGACACGGGCAGCAACCUGCUCUGGGUCAACUGCCUGCCCUGCAACCCCUGCACGCUCUCUAAAACACUGCAAACCAACCCGCCCUUUGAUUCCUCCAAAUCCUCCUCAGUCAAGCUCCUUCAGUGCUCCAACAAGGCGUGCAUCAACCCCGAUCGAACCGUCAAGAUCCGCAACUGCAACGUCACCGCCAAGCCUCUGGCCAAAGGCUCGGCAGCAGGCUCGGCAGGAGGCUCGGAGGAGGAGGAGGAUUUGGGGUGUAUGUACUCAGUGGCGUAUGGGGAUGGGAGUGGGACGUCAGGGCGCCUGCUGGGUGACGUCAUCCAUCUGCCCAUCUCCGGUUCUGCCAGAGCCUUCAAAGUCCCCAUCACGUUUGGCUGUGGAAACUCGCAGCAGGGAAACUUCUACAACGGCCUGGGAUGGACCUACUACCAGGCUUUAGACGGGCUCAUAGGGCUGGGCAGGGGGUCGCUCUCUCUUCUCACUGCUGUUGGCGCCUACAAGGAGUUCUUCCCCAUAAGGCAAGUGGUGGCGCACUGCCUGGGGGGCGAUGGAGGGGGCGGGAGGAUGACAGUAGGUGACCUCCCCAUUCCCCCUCUCACCACCUUCACGCCUCUACGGCCAGACGAAACUUUUUACAAAGUGACACUGAGGAAGGUGCUCGUUGGGGGAAUAGAGGUGGCGGUGAAUCCAGCACAGUACGGAAAUCUGACGCACGGCAACGCCAUUUUUGACAGCGGCACCACCUACUCAAUCAUGCCGCCUCUCUUCGUUCCCCCCCUCUUCCGCCUGAUCCAAGCGGCAGUGGGCCUGCCUCGCUAUGCCUUCUCCAUUGGCAAGGAGGGCUCGCUCUGCUUCUCCUCCACUGACAAGCUGACAGCAGAGGACGUGAGGAACCGUUUCCCUCACAUCAACCUGCAAUUCGAAGGGAGGGGCGUGUUCAUGAACCUUCCACCGCACACAUACACCUUCAAAGCCAUGGACGAGGGCGUGGAGAUCGUGUGCACGCAGGUGGUGCUGGGGUCUGAUACCAUCAAGGCUCCCAACGGACUGGCCUUCAUCAUUGGAGCUCUGUGGAUGAGGGAUUUCCUUGUGAUUCACGAUCAGGAGGAGAACCGAGUUGGAUGGGCUGCCAUGAAAUGCACUUGA